AUGAUGUCCCCGACGACCACCGCCACGGCUACGGCCACGGCCGCCGCCUUCCUCUCCGCGGCGCCUGCCUCCUCAUCCUCUACCCACCGCAGGCGUAGCCGUCGCGCUGCUAUCUCCGCCUCCCUCUCGUCCGUCGCAUCGCCAGAAGAACCGCUGCUCAUACGUGCGGCGAGGGGCGAGGAUGGGCUGCCUAGGCCGCCGGCGUGGAUGAUGCGGCAGGCUGGGCGGUACAUGGCGUCGUACCAGGCGCUGUCCAAGCGCCACCCUUCGUUCCGGGAGCGGUCGGAGACCACCGACCUCAUCGUCGAAAUCACGCUACAGCCGUGGCACGCCUUCGCACCCGACGGCGUCAUCCUAUUCUCGGACAUACUCACGCCCCUGCCGGCCAUCGGGGUGCCGUUCGAUAUCUCGGAAUCCAAGGGGCCGGUGAUCCAGUCUCCCGUGCGGACGGAGGAACAGGUCAGGGAGCUCGUUCCCAUAGAUCUCGAUAAGCUCCAGUUCGUCGGGGAGUCGCUCAAGAUUCUGCGCAGCGAGAUUGAUGGAAAAGCUGCUUUGCUAGGAUUCGUGGGGGCCCCAUGGACAAUUGCAACUUAUGUUGUUGAAGGAGGGAUGACCAACACUUACACAAAUAUAAAGCGCAUGUGCCACACAGCACCAAAUGUCUUGAGGGGCCUUCUCUCUCACCUCGCAGAAGCUAUAUCUGACUAUAUCAUUUACCAAGUAAACUCUGGUGCUCAGUGUAUACAGAUAUUUGAUUCAUGGGGUGGGCAACUUCCACCUCAUGUGUGGGAGCAAUGGUCAAAACCAUAUAUCAGACAGAUUGUGGCUAAGAUUAAGACAGAAUGCCCUCACAUACCACUUGUGCUGUAUAUAAAUGGAAAUGGAGGCUUGCUCGAGCGCAUGAAGGACAUCGGAGUUGAUGUUAUUGGGCUUGACUGGACAGUGGAUAUGGCAGAUGGAAGGAGGCGCGUUGGUGAUGGAAUUAGUGUACAAGGGAACGUGGACCCAGCAUAUCUAUUUUCCCCAUUACCAGUAUUGACUGAUGAAAUUCAUAGGGUUGUGAAAGCAGCUGGUCCGAAAGGUCAUAUACUUAACUUGGGCCAUGGUGUUCUUCAAAAAACACCAGAAGAAGCUGUAGCACAUUUCUUUGAUGUCACAAGGAGCUUGAGAUAUGACACCCUUUUCCAGGGUCAUCUUACUGAAGAAUUGCAACAUGUUGCUUGA